UAUUUUUAUAUAAUUAUCAUUGGCUUUGGAUUUGACGUUUCUAUUAAGCAUGCCGGAAACGAAUGGCUUUAUGACUUUACGAAUCCACCUUUCAAAAAAGUAUUGUGUCCUCUGUAAUCGUCGACCUGAACAUUCUUGGCCCAUUGUUUUGUCUGCGUAAGGAAUGGGAUAUCAUUAAGGUGCGUUUUAAGCGAGCGACACGUUACUCCUGUUGCCUUGUGCUGCACGUGUGGCUCCGUUUGAACUAACUUGAGACUAUUCACUGGGUCACGUGACUCUCGCAAGAGACGACGAGACAAUGAGAAUUCUUCACGUUGAGUUACGCCUCUUUAUUAUUUAUAAUCAUUGACGUACCAAGGAUACGAGUAUGGUUCCCCCGUUGUCACCAUAGAAUUCACUGUAUUGAUCUUGACGCAGUAUUUAUUCCGGUUCUAGAAUCUUCUGCGGGAGGUUAUUCUUUGUCGAGAUAGGAUAAGUAAUGUAUCCAGUAGCGUCAUCGUCUACAGUCGUAUAUUACAUGAAAGUGCUAUAGGAUGCGCUGAUUAAUAAUAGAACAAGUAUCCUGCUCGGCUUUGGUCUCUCCUACUUUUUCGCAAUGGCCUUCAAGUUCGUGCCUUUAAUAGCCCUCGUGGCUGUGAUGGGCCCUACGUGGAUCCUGGGCCAGAAGGCCCACUCUUUUCAACACUUUCUAAGUCCCGUAAGUCCCGUGGCCGUCGGCGAGCAGAUAAUCACUUGGAAGGAUAAGCAUGGCCAUCAUCAUCAUGACUACGUUGCUCAUCCUAGUUAUGAGUUUGCCUUUGGCGUUAAGGAUCUUCAUACCAAGGACAUCCAUGGACAAAAAGAACAUCGCGAUGGGAAGAAUGUUGUUGGGGAGUAUUUAGUGCAUGAGCCUGGUGGCAAUGUGAAAACGGUCAAGUAUCAGGUUGAUAAGUACGGAUUUCACGCUCAUGUGCACAAUACCAACGGGAAUGAUCACUCUGGUGGUGGUUAUGUUGGACAUGGAGGAGGUGGUCAUGGUGGACAUGGAGGUGGUCUCGGUGGACACGGUGGUGGUCACGUUGGACAUGGAGGAUACGGUGGAAGUCAUGGUGGAUACGGAGGAGGCCAUGGUGGACACGGAGGAGGUUAUGGCGGGCACGGUGGAGGCCAUGGUGGACACGGUGAUGAUCAUGGUGGACACGGAGGAGGCCAUGGUGGACACGGUGGAGGUCAUGGUGGACACGGUGAUGAUCAUGGUGGGCACGGAGGAGGCCAUGGUGGACACGGUGGAGGUCAUGGUGGACACGGUGAUGAUCAUGGUGGGCACGGAGGAGGCCAUGGUGGACACGGUGGAGGUCAUGGUGGACACGGUGAUGAUCAUGGUGGGCACGGAGGAGGCCAUGGUGGACACGGUGGAGGUCAUGGUGGACACGGUGAUGAUCAUGGUGGGCACGGAGGAGGCCAUGGUGGACACGGUGGAGGUCAUGGUGGACACGGUGAUGAUCAUGGUGGACACGGAGGAGGUCAUGGUGGACACGGUGGAGGUCAUGGUGGACACGGUGAUGAUCAUGGUGGGCACGGAGGAGGCCAUGGUGGACACGAUGGUGGUCAUGGUGGACACGGAGGAGGCCAUGGUGGACACGAUGGUGGUUAUGGUGGACACGGAGGAGGUCAUGGUGGACACGGAGGAGGUCAUGGUGGACAUGGAGGAGGUCAUGGUGGGCACGGAGGAGGCCAUGGUGGACACGGUGGAGGUCAUGGUGGACAUGGAGGAGGUCAUGGUGGACACGGAGGAGGUCAUGGUGGACACGGUGACGGUCAUGGUGGACACGGAGGAGAUCAUGGUGGACAUGGAGAAGGCCAUGGUGGACACGGAGGAGAUCAUGGUGGACAUGGUGGAGGUUAUGGAGAGCACGGAUUUGACGGCCACGAUGGUGACUAUGGCUAUCAUGGUGGAUAUGAUUACGGACAUGGAGGAUACGGAGGACAUGGAUUUGGAGAACAUGAUUUCUACGGUGGACACGGAGAACACGAUUUUCACGAAGAUCACGAAGUUGAUGAUCAUGACUUUCAUAGUGUGCAUGAUAUAUACGAAGGAUACGGUGGACAUGGACAUAUUCACCAUUACUAACAAUAAGUUUCUACAUAAACAAAAUGGUACCAAACCCUAUGAACUAAAGUAUACUGACUCCAUGUGCUUUACGAUCGUUACCGUCCCAUUUUUUUUAUCGUACUCG